GAUUCGAUCAUUAAGGAGGUAGCUAGCUCCUGCGCUUGCAUUGCAUAUGGCUAUGGAAGCUGAUUUCCUCUUCUCCCCUUUCUUCAUUACCCUCUUCCUCGGCUUCUCCAUAGCGGCAGUGCUACUACUGCUCAGGAGACCAAGGAGUGGAGCUCAUGACAAAUCACAUGGACAAGUCCUAGCUCCUCUGCCACCCGGCCCUCCCAAACUUCCCCUCAUCGGAAACAUCCACCAACUCGCCGGCGCCAACCCUCACCGUACUCUGCGCACCCUCGCUCGGACUCACGGCCCGCUCAUACUGCUCCGCCUCGGCCAGGUCGACUUGGUCGUCGCUUCGUCCGUGGAGGCCGUGGAGGAGAUCAUCAAGCGUCAUGACCUCAACUUUGCCAGCCGGCCGACCGACUUGACCUUCGUCAACAUACUGACCUACGACGGGCUCAGCGUCGCCAUGGCCGCCUACGGCGGAUAUUGGAAGCAGAUGAGGAAGAUCUACGCCACGGAGCUGCUCAACUCCCGGCGCGUCAAGUCCUUCGCCGCCAUCCGCGAGGAUAUGAUCCGUAAGCUGACGGCGGAGAUCGCAGGCAAGGCGUCAGCCCAAACGCCUCUCGAUCUCGGCGCGAUGGUGAUGUCCAUGAGCAACGCGGUGGUGGUGAGAACGGCGUUCGGUGAAAGGUGCAAACAACAAGCCGAGUUCUUGCAGCUGGUGAAGGAGUCGGUGAGCCUGGUGACCAGCUUCGCGGCGGCUGACAUGUACCCCUCCCUCAAAUUCUUGGACACUCUCACCGGAUUGAAGUCCAAGUUAAAGCGUACUCGGGAUAAGCUAGACAGAGUGUUCGAUGAAAUCAUCGCACAGCGUCAGGCUGCACGAGCUACUGAUCAUGAAACCACAGAGGAGGAUCGAAUCAUCGACGUACUUCUCAGGCUUAAAGACGAAGGCGGAUUAGAAUUUCCCAUCACAACCGAAAGCAUCAAGGCCGUUGUCUUGGAAAUAUUUGCUGGAGGAACAGAGACAUCAUCGACGACGAUCGAAUGGGCUAUGUCAGAGCUGGUGAAGAACCCUGAGACGAUGGAGAAGGCCCAGCGAGAGAUAAGGGAGGCCAUGCGAGGGAAGAAUAAGCUGGAAGAGAGCGACAUAUCCAAGUUCAGCUACCUCAAAUUGAUCAUCAAGGAGACGCUGAGGCUCCAUCCUCCGGGCCCUCUGUUGCUCCCGAGAGUAUGCACAAACACCUGCGAGGUCAUGGGGUAUCGAGUGCCGGCAGGAGCCCGAGUCCUGAUCAAUGCAUUCGCGUUGGCCAGGGAUGAGUCCUAUUGGGGCGCCGAUGCCGAAAGCUUCAAGCCGGAGAGAUUUGAGAGUGGGUCGGUCGACUUCAGGGGCUUCAACUUGGAGUUCUUGCCAUUUGGCGUAGGUCGAAGGAUAUGCCCCGGCAUGACCUUCGGGCUAUCGGCGGUGGAAGUUGGGCUGGCUCACCUCCUCUUCCACUUCGACUGGAAGCUUCCCCAUGGCAUGAAGACGGAGGAUUUGGACAUGAUGGAGAUUUCCGGGACGAGCGCACCCAGGAAAACUCCUCUCGUUGUGCUUGCCGAUCUCGCCAUUCCUCUGCCAUAGUCACUUAUGAUAUAUGCGUUCUUCAAAUUCAGUGGAUACUGCAUGCCAUGAUAUAUUAAUUUAUGAUAUAUAUGCUUGUAAUAAAUAAGUACCUUGUAUUUCGUACUUAAUCUGGGCAUGAAUUAAUUGUGACGACGAUCGUCGCCAUUAAUUGGUCAAUGGACGAUGUCUAAAAGAGUUCGACUU